CGCCCCUCACAGAGAGGCAGCGCAGCGAAGGCUCUGCCGCUGGUCACUCGCGGACCUUUUUCCCUGUCGGUUUCCCCUUCUUCCCGGCAUUCCCGCUUCCGCUUUCUUAAGGCUCUUCGGUUUUUCCAUCUCUGAGGCUCUUCGCGCCCGGGGGUUCAGUGACGUCAUCUUUCUGCGCUGCGCUGACAACCGCUGCUGGAAGAAGGAACAGCGCCGCCGCCCUUCGCUCCUUUUGUUGGGCUGCUGCUUCUUCGGAGUCAUGACGCCGUCGCUGUGGAAGGGGCUGGUGGGCAUCGGCCUCUUUGCCCUAGCCCACGCGGCCUUUUCCGCUGCGCAGCAUCGUUCUUAUAUGCGAUUAACAGAAAAGGAAGAUGAAUCACUGCCAAUAGAUAUAGUUCUUCAGACACUUCUGGCCUUUGCAGUUACCUGUUACGGUAUAGUUCAUAUUGCAGGGGAGUUUAAAGACAUGGAUGCCACUUCAGAACUAAAAAAUAAGACAUUUGACACAUUAAGGAAUCACCCAUCAUUUUACGUAUUUAAUCAUCGUGGUCGAGUACUGUUCCGGCCUUCGGAUACAACAAAUUCUUCAAACCAAGAUGCAUUGUCCUCUAACACAUCAUUGAAGUUACGAAAACUUGAGUCACUGCGUCGUUAAGAUUUUUACAAUUAUAAUAACAGGACAGGACACAGAGCUGGAUAUUGGAGUUUGGGAUAUAAAACACUCCCCCCCAUCAGUAUUUAUAUUAUAUUGAUCUUUUGGACCUAAUUUUAAAAAGUCUAUGGCCCUUGUUUGUGCACUGUUAAUCAAAUUCUUAAUGUAGUGUAAAUUAUGUAUGAAAUGAGUCUUUGAUGAUCUUUCAUAGAGAAUUCUUUUCUUCAUUUAAAACAAAUUCACAUCUUUUGUAAAAGUCACUCUUUUGAUCAUGUUUCUUUAAAAAUGUUGAUGGUUUUGUAAUUAUUUAUUUUCUUAGAUUUCUUUUGCACUAGAGUUUUUAGGGUCAUUUUGGAACUAGUGUGACUACUGCAGUUUGCAGCAUGAACGAUAGUAAAAUGGUCUUCAGUUCUAACAACAAAUGGACUUCUCUAAAGAGACCAAAAUGGUGACUUACAAGUUUUUCUUAUAAUCCCUAAAAAAGUGGCUCUGCUUCAGGAGAUACUGGCCAGUUUUUAAUUUAUCCAUGACUUCUUUUACCACCCGGCUCCCAUAUACCUUCUAACAUCAGCUGUCUGGUUCCAUCACUUUUCUGGGUAUGCAGUGAGCAAUUUUUGUGUCAGAGUUUGUCACAAAUGUAUUUAAUAGACCCAACUUGUGUUCUCUUCAUUUAUCUGUAGUUUCCUUAAUUGGUUAUUAGUGUAAGAAUAGUUGAAGAUAGACCAAAAAGGCCAUUCAUGAUUCAAUGAUCCUGCCUAUGUAGAAGAAUGGUAAUCACUAAGGAGAACUGAUUACUUAUCAUUAGGCAGUUUAACUUAUUUGAAAUCUCUUAUUUUAUUGCAUAUUAAGCUAGUGGAUUAGUAAAAAUAAAGGAAACUUCUUGUUAAAGGUAGACUUCAAAGAAAUUGGGCCAAAUAUGUUCUAAAUAUUUGGAACUAAUAUAUUUAAUUUUUUUAAAAAUUAAGGUCAUUUAAGAAAUUGUUUCUUAGCUUCUGAUUUGUAGCAGGCUUAGAGUUUUUCCAUCUUCAUUACGUGUUGCUGAAGGUGAAGAUGAGGGUACAGAGUAGAAUUUUUCUAGAAACAGUUAUUCUAAGUUUUAGGGGAAUUUGGCUAGCUGCUUGAUCUGCAGGAAGCUAAACAUUUAUGCUGCUUUUGUUGAAUUGCACAGGUUUGAAAAGAUUGCCUUUGUUGAAUUGUAUAGGUGUAAACGGAAUAACUAUGCAGAUGUGAAAAGGAAAUGUGCUGUAGGCCAGAGUCCUAAGAUGCCCUUUUGCUUGAUGGCAUCGUUCCCAUUAGAAAGGAACCUCAGCUCUUCUAUUCUGCCUGGUAACACAUGGCCCCAAAGCACGAGAUUAUUUUCACAUUGGGGUUUUAGUGUUUAGCUUUGGCCAACCCAGUCUGUCUGUGAAACACUGACUCUGCUUUCUAAGGAGAAUAAAGUUAGAAACCUGAGAAUCUAAAAUAAUUUAGAAAUGAGUUAGAAAUGUGAGGUCAGGGGUUAAAGUGUUAAAAAUUAAAUCAAGUAUUGUGUGAAAAACAAGCUUCUUACGUCAGGCUUGUCUACUUUCCUCAGGAAUGACUUGAUUUGCAAGAGACUUGUUUUCUUCUCUUUUGGGGCUCUCUUCCUUUCCUGAUAUGUCUUUGUAACAACUUUAUUGAGAAAUAAUUCACAUAUCUUGCAAUUCACCUAUUUAAGGGGUACAGUUCAGUGGUUUUGUAAUAUUGUUGUGCAACCAUGACAUUUCCAUCAAUUUAGAACAUUUCCAUCACCCCAAAAAGACACUCUGUACCCUUUAGCAGACACCUCUCGUUCUCCCCAAAGCCUCCUGGCCCCAGGCACCACUAAUCUACUUUCUAUCUCUACAGAUUUACCUAUUCUGGUCAUUUAAUAUGAAUGGAUUCAUACAAUAUCUGGUCUUUAUUGACUGGCUUCCUAAAUACGGUUUUGUUCUACAUGGAGUGAGAACUUCUCAUCUUGAGAUCUGUGAUUGCUAUGGAAGGAAGUGGUUGGUAAAAUCAGUAGAUAUAAGCAGGGAGGGUCAGAUACCUAACAGGUUUCUCAGUCAAUCUUAAUGCUGAAUAGUUUUCCCUUAUAACCAAGCACUCAUGAUCUACUACUGCUUAUAACAUUUUGGCUAGUUUCUAGAAUGGAUAUUGAAAUCUUUGCCUGCCAAGUCAGGAAGGUCCUGCUAAAAAUGAUGCUAAAUAAUUUGGCAAAUAGUUGGCAUUUCAGUUUUCAGGCAUGUUUAACUUUGCUAGCAGCUUAUAAAGCUAGGGCUAGGUGAGCUUCUCAAAUUUCUUUUAAUUUCUUCCCGCGAAUUCCUGACUUUUUCAAGUAUGUAGCAUAGGACUAAAGGUGAUUUAGAUGCAUCAUAACAGUGCUAAAUGGAUUAAGUUCAGAAUUUUAUUUGUAACACUAUGAGUCAAUGACUACCUAGGAUAGUCCAAAAACAUGUGGUGAUGUAGGCUAGUUAAGCCUGCAGUUGACUAUGAGUUCAGUGACAUUCAGAAGUGUGUACUGUUGGAGGCUCUCUAGAAUACAGGAAGACACUUCUUAAUAAUCAGGGAACCAGCCAAAUGCUAAGGGCUAAUGCAGAGAACGCAGAUGGGCAAAUUGGAGACUGAUGCUGUGUAACUCCCUCAUGAUUGGUUCCUAAGCACUGUGGCUUAUUUCUGAGAGGCAUGACAGCACCUUCCUGGUUGUAUGUGGCCUAUUUCCAUGAUGUAUUGAGUAGUGUUGUUUGUUGUGAGCUUUGAUGCCUGUAUCACCAAGCUAAACACCUUCUUUUGGACAUGUUUCCUCUCUUUAAAUGACCUUGCCCUGUCCAAUAAAUAAAUGAUUGUCUCACCCAGUUU